CAUCAAGUUGCGACGAUCUUUUUUUCCCUAGUCGUUCGCGUAAGGUACCGUACGGUAGUAGCCUACGUACUUACUCGUUGGUUUGCCUUUGGUUUCGUUCCUUCCUUCCGACUUCGUUCGUGGUGCACCUUCUUGUAGCACAAUCGCACUCGUACGAUACUCGUACUGUUCCUGACAGGUACCAGCRCAAAAGAGCACCGAAGUCCCACCCACUAGUCUCCGAGUUCACCAGCGGAACCGCGAUUCUGCUAGACAGACCUGGAACGCAAGGGCGGAAGAAAAGCACACGAGGAUCUGUACCAGGCAUUGCGAUUUCGAGUGCGAGGCAACUUCUUUUCAUCCCGUCGAAACAAAACAAGCGCAACAACAUACCGAUACGGUGUGGAUUGAUKCCUUCGCUGCCAUCGCUUCCUUCUCCACUCUCGCGGUUGCUGYUCAUGGCAGUGUUGGGACAACUGGCAUUGUUUGCGAAACAGACUUCCUCUUUUGCUGGCCACGUUUCCGUUUCCCGGCGKUUUUUCUCGCGGCAGACGGGCGCACGAAAAGCGAUCCUAGGUUCCCGCUUGGURGAAACGGUGUCCGGUUCCUCCCUGGCGUUUGCCCCGUGCAAGAACUCGCACGAACACAAAGCAUCCUACCGGAGCGCUUCCUCCCACCGGAAAAUGGCCGACGAAAAAACGGUCCCCGAGCCGCCCGUUGCCCGCCGCGACGAAACCGGCUGCGUUCUGGCGGGGAGGCUCCGGCCCACCGACAAGAUCUACUGGGCCGACGAGAAGAAGACCAAGCCGCUGAUCCGCCAAUCGAUCGGAUCCGAGGAGCCGCUGCUGGAUCCACCCGUCCAGAUCAGCGAUCCCUACGGCUGGAUGCGAGACGAGAGCAGGACUUCUCCGGAGGUUCUGGACCACCUCGAAAAGGAAAACCAGUACACGGAGGAGAUGACCUCCCACCUGGGGGAUCUCCGCGCCGAACUCUACCGGGAAAUGGUGGCGGGCAUAAGGGAAACCGACCACACCGUUCCGAGCGCCCGCACCAGCGACGGCUUUUUCUACUACACCCGAACCUUUGCGGGGAAAUCUUACAAAAGCUUUUGCCGGGCGCCCAUCUCCGAAAACCCGGACUGGAUCGAAACCUGUCGGUCCUGGGACGGAUCGGAGGACUCGCCGGUUAUCCGUGGGGAGGUCGCCUACCUCGACGUGAACGCGCUGGCGGAGGGCAAGACCUAUUGCGCCACCGGGAACGUCAAGCCCUCUCCGCUCCACCCCGGAGGCCGGAGCGAAAGCGAAGGCGAAGCAUCGCAAUCCCAAUCGCAACUCCUUGCCUACACGGUAGACUUCUCCGGAAACGAGGUGACCGAGCUGUACGUCAAGGACAUGGAUUCCGGGCUGCUGGUGGACCACGACCCCGAUCUGGAAUGCUACGGCACCAUCCAGUGGGGGGCCGACCAAACGACUCUGUUUUACGUCAAGAUGGACGACCAGAAACGUCCCUACCAGGUCUACCGUAAAACCAUCGGAAGCGACAAACCCGACGAGCUUCUCUGCCAGGAAGACGAUGAAUUGUACUGGGUUGGCCUGAGCAAGUCCUUCGACGGAAAGUACAUUUUUGUCUCGUCGGGAUCCAAGGAGACCUCCGAGACACAUUACUUGGAUCUGCUGGACCCGGCCGCGGAGCUCAGGUGUGUGGCCAAGCGCCGGAAAAAAGUCCUUUAUAGGGUCACCCACCGAGCUGGAUACUGGUACAUUACCACCAACAUGGGGGGAUCGCCGAACAUGAAGCUCAUGGUCAGCGAGGCGGUAGCCGACUCGCAAGACCUGUGGGAGGAUCUGAAAGUGAACGGCGAAAAGCUCUUCGACGGUGGAUACGAGCGAUCCAUCUCGGGGAUCACCUCCUUUGGGUCGCACUCGGUCGCCACCGGACGGGAGGACGGAUUGCCACAGGUCUGGAUCAUUGCAUUCGAAGACGAAUCCUCGACCGGCGUCCGUGAUUUCGUCCGCCUCAAGUUCGACGAAGAGGCCUACGACGUCGGCCUUGGAGCAAACCUCGAUUGCACCUCGGAUUCCGUUGUCGUGGCGUACGACUCACUUGUCACACCCCUGAGCUAUCUCCGGAUCCCGCUGGACGCUCCUACCGAUCUCGGGGCACGGACCAUUCUCAAGGAGCAGUUGGUCCCUGGCUACGACAAGUCGAAGUAUUCCUGCAAGCGUGUCACCGUGAAAUCUCGCGACGGAGAAACCGAAAUCCCUGUCAGCAUCGUCUACCGAUCCGACGUGAUGGACAAGGUCGCCAGCGGUGCGACAGUCCCGACCCACCUGUAUGGGUAUGGAUCUUAUGGCGCCUGCAUAGAGGCCUCCUUCCGGGCUACCCGCCUAACCCUCCUCGACCGGGGAAUGGUCUAUGCCAUUGCCCACGUGAGGGGCGGGGGUGAGAUGGGCCGGCAGUGGUACGAGGAACCCAAGGGAGCCAAAUAUCUCUGCAAGAAGAACACCUUCAACGAUUUUGUGGAUGUGGGUCGGUGGCUGAUCAACGACCAAAAAAUCACAACCUCGGAUCAGCUCAGUUGCGAGGGGCGGUCGGCCGGGGGAUUGCUGAUCGGGGCCUCCAUGAACCAAGCUCCGGGCCUCUUCAAGGCGGCACUCCUUGGGGUUCCCUUUGUGGAUGUUGUGCCAACCAUGACCGAUGCCUCGAUUCCMCUCACGGUUGUUGAGUGGGAGGAAUGGGGGAAUCCCAAUGAAGAAAAGUAUCACAAAUACAUGAUGGAGUAUUCACCGAUCAAUAACGUGCAAAGUGGAGCAAGGUACCCCUCGUGCUUGCUGACCGGUGGCCUCCACGACCCGCGGGUCCAAUACUGGGAACCCUCGAAGUUCGCGGCAGAAAUUCGGCACCGAUCCGACUCGGCUAACUCUGGCCCCUGCUGCCUUCGGAUCGACAUGGCUGCCGGCCAUUUUUCCGCCAGCGAUCGCUACAAGUACCUCAGGGAACUUGCCUUUGACUAUUCCUUUCUCUUGGACCAGCUCGGGCUCGUGGAAUAGGUGCUGUGGUAUGCCUGAGCAAUUCGGUGACAAAGAAUGGUACAAAAACUAGCUAUCGUGUGGAUUCACUCUUGCCGGUGGCCUAGCUAGAAAUCAACACAAACAACAUUG